GAUGAGGUCACUGAAGCUAUCUCACCAGGAGGGCAUAUCAUUAAGCGUCGGGCACGUUCGAGGCCCGUUUCCAUUGAACUUCUCGAGAGUGUGAACCACUCACCGUCACCCAAGGUUAGAAGCUACAUCGAUAUCGGUAUUUAUAUAUAUUCCAUUGUGCUGACAAAACUUCACUCUAGGCUUAAUGUUCCAAUACGAAGCCACCCACUGUGCCGAUAA